CAAAAUGGAUGUGGGUGCACGUGUAAGUAUCUCAUCUCCCUACAACGGCGGCAAUGAAAGCUCAAACCUGGGAUCGCUAAUCCCACAUAAACGGCCCUCCCUUCCCUACUACCAUGCUCUGGUUUUUCUCUUACUUUUACUUCUCCUCCAUCUAGUCACUUUUUUGUUUUUUGGUUUCACGAAUCUGGACUUAAGCUUUUCAAGAACUCGGCGAAAUAAAGUAAAAGUCCAUGUCAAAAUUCUUUCUGUAAUCCGAAGACGGAAGCACUGUAUUGUUGAGGUAGUCGGAAAAUUAUAGUUUUUUUGUUUUUUAACGAUUGUCGAGUUCAGAUCAAGGAAACAUUCGUACAAUUGUACAUGUGCUGUGCCUAAAAGGCGAAGGAGAUUGCGAUAAAAUGUUUGGGAUGAAGCAGAUUAUUGUAUUGAUGUAUUGGAUUGGUGGGUGGUAGAGAAAGAAUUGUAUGGCUCCAGGUUCCGAUAGCUCCCCUGUUUGCGGUGUUGAAUUUGAAAACGGAGUUUUCAAAGACAAUAAAAGUAUACCCAUUCUAGAAGAGGAAAAUCACGACGAUUAUGAUAACUCAAACCAGGCAAAACCAGGCCGGCCGCCUCGAAAUCUUCCUGUCAUGCGUCAUUGCAAUAGCCAAGCAAUUUUGGAACGUACAUCAAAAUUGUCUUCAUCAGGUGAGUAUUCUGCAUUUUUACCUACCUUGCGCUCAGGCAGCUGUUCUGAGAAGGGACCAAAGCCAUAUAUGGAGGAUGAGUACGUUUGUGUCGAUAAUCUUUAUGAGCAUCUUGGUGCAGCUGACAGUUUCCCUUCUCCUGGAGCAUUUUAUGGGGUUUUUGACGGUCAUGGUGGGGUUGAUGCUGCAUCCUUCACAAGAAAGAACAUCCUUAACUUCAUUACUGAGGAUUCCCAUUUCCCAAGUGGGGUAAAAAGAGCAGUUAGAAAUGCUUUUAUUAAAGUUGAUCAUGCUCUGGCCGAUGCUAAAUUUCUUGAUCGUUCCUCUGGUACUACUGCUCUGACUGCUCUUAUUUUAGAACGGACUAUGAUAGUUGCUAAUGCUGGGGAUUGCCGAGCUGUAUUGGGUAAAAGAGGAAGAGCAAUCGAACUGUCAAAAGACCACAAACCUGAUUGUACCUCUGAAAGAAUCAGGAUAGAAAAGCUCGGGGGUGUCAUUUAUGAUGGCUAUCUAAAUGGACAACUGUCAGUUGCUCGUGCUCUUGGUGACUGGCAUAUGAAGGGCUCUAAAGGUUCAAAAUGCCCAUUAAGCCCUGAACCAGAGCUAGAAGAGGUGGUUAUAACAGAGGAAGACGAGUUCAUAAUAAUUGGUUGUGACGGUUUAUGGGAUGUGAUGAGCAGCCAAUGUGCUGUAACCAUUGUAAGGAAGGAGUUGAUGUUGCACAAUGAUCCCGAGAAGUGCUCCAGAGAAUUAGUGAGGGAGGCACUCAGACGCAACACUUGCGAUAAUCUAACAGUUAUCGUGGCCUGUUUCUCACCCAAUCCUCCACCUCGGAUUGAAAUACCGAAAUCACAUAGGAGGAGGAGUAUAUCAGCUGAAGGGCUGGAUCAUUUAAAGGGUUUCUUGACUAAUGUCUAAUAUAUGAUACUAUUUGCUUGCAUGAUAGAUGAGUUUGGAAUGCCGUUUGGGUAUUAUUCUAAAUUAGAGUAAGGAGUUUAAAUAUGUUGUCAAAGAAUGUUUCUGCAUCUUUGGAAACAUCCAGGGAGUUAAUUAUUUAAAGUAUGUUUCCAAUAUUAGGAAUUAGACCAAUUUUAGUAGUUAUCACAUUUUGUGCAUCAUUUCAAAGAAUGGUAAUAAUUAUAUUUUUUUCCUCUCCUAGA